UACUCUCUGUGCUGCAGCCGCUAGAAGCUUAGAUCCCUAUCCUCGGCACUGCGUUGGCCGUCCGUUCCGGCGAACAAGCGCCCCCUCUCCCACUGCGGCUAGGCGCCGGCGCAACCAGAUUAGUUUUUGUUUCGCCGUCCGUCCGGUCCGGAGACGCCACGAGACAAACCGACCCAUCCCUCGGCUGUAGUAAUGGAGGCGCUGCGGGUGUGGAGGGCUUCCUCCAAUCUCUUCGGCUUCGGGGCCUCCCGCGCGGCCACAGUUGCCGCUGCCGCGACGCCCCUCUACCUUCACACCUGCCGCCGCAGCCACCUCAGGACCGCCGCCACCGCAAAACCGCCGCCGCAGCCACCUCAGGACCGCCGCCGCCGCAGCGCCUCCUCCUCCACCUCCACAUCCGACCGCGACUCCAUCCGCGCCACCCGCCUCAAAAAGGUUGAGGAGCUAAGAGGGAAGGGUUACGAGCCAUACGCAUACAAGUGGGAUAGGACUCACACGACCAAGGAGCUUCAGGAGGAGUACACCCAUCUCGAGAAUGGCGAGGUCUGUGAAGAGGCGGCCGUGUCCAUUGCCGGGAGGAUUGUUGCCCGAAGGGCAUUCGGAAAGCUCGCGUUCAUGACUAUAAGAGAUGAUACCGGAACUAUUCAGCUUUACUGCGAGAAAUACAGCCUUUCAGAGGACCAAUUUGAGCAACUGAAGGCAUUUAUUGAUAUUGGUGAUAUAUUAGGUGCAAGUGGAUCCAUAAAGAAGACUGACAAAGGGGAACUAUCUGUUUAUGUGAAAAAAUUUGAAAUCCUCACAAAAUCCUUACUCCCACUACCAGACAAGUAUCAUGGCUUAACUGAUGUGGACAAACGUUAUCGUCAAAGGUAUGUUGACAUGAUUGCAAACCCUGAGGUUGCAGAUGUAUUUCGAACUAGAGCAAAGGUUGUUUCUGAAAUCCGCAAGACAAUGGAAUCAUUCUGUUUCAUUGAAGUUGAAACUCCAGUUCUACAGGGAGCAGCAGGUGGUGCUGAAGCAAGACCUUUUAUAACCUACCAUAACUCACUCCAAAGAGAUCUUUACUUGAGGAUUGCAACAGAGCUGCAUUUGAAAAGGAUGUUGGUUGGAGGGUUUGAGAAGGUUUAUGAAAUUGGAAGAAUAUUCCGGAAUGAAGGCAUCUCUACUCGUCAUAAUCCUGAAUUUACCACUAUUGAGAUGUAUGAAGCAUAUUCAGACUAUGAAAGCAUGAUGAAUAUUGCCGAAGAAAUUGUUACUCGAUGUGCUAUGGCUACUCAUGGCAAGCUUAAGAUUGAUUAUCAGGGAACUGAAAUCUCCCUCGAAAGACCAUGGAGGAGGGAGACAAUGCAUUCUCUUGUCAAAGAAGCAACUGGAAUUGACUUCUACAGCUUUGGACAAGAUGUCGAGGCUGCUAAAAAUGCCGCAAGUGGACUGCCAAGGAUCAAAGUAGGAAGCAAUGAAAGUACUUCAUUGCAAGCCUGUUCAUCUGUUGGACAUGUUCUCAAUGAGGUUUUUGAGACUGUUGUUGAAUCUACCCUUAUACAACCAACAUUUGUCCUUGAUUACCCAGUUGAGAUAUCACCAUUGGCAAAACCACAUCGGAGUUAUGCUGGUCUUACUGAGCGGUUCGAACUAUUCGUAUGUGGUCGUGAGAUUGGCAAUGCAUUUUCUGAGCUCACGGACCCAAUUGAUCAGAGGAGCCGUUUUGAAAAUCAAAUAAAACAGCACAAUGCUAAGGAGGUCAAAUCUACUAAAGGUCAAGGAGAUGAGGACGAUUAUUCCUAUGAAGUGUCUUUAGAUGAAGACUUCUUGACUUCAUUAGAAUACGGAAUGCCACCAGCUUCUGGAAUGGGCCUCGGUAUCGACCGGUUAGUAAUGCUUUUGACAAACUCUGCGAGCAUCAGGGAUGUCAUUGCUUUUCCUGUAUUAAAGAUUCAGUAAUAGAGCCUUCAUCGAAGGUAAGAAGAGAAAUUGUUGGUGAAACUGUUGAAGUAAUCCUCGGCAGCCUUCUUUUUGCACUUGUUUACAUCAAGCAGAUUUUACAUUUCUUAAUCUUAUUUGCUGAUAGAUAUGCCCAUUUGAUUACUUGAUAAAUCAAGGUAUACUAUGGCUGAGAGUCCAGCCGAAUAUUUAUUAGCAAAAACAGUUAAUAGAUGUGUGAACACUCAAGGACA